CUGUUGUGGUCGUUGUAGUGUCCCCUUCAUCAGCCUUGCGGUACAUCGGAUGUUCUUGUGAAGAUGAAUACCAACAAACCCAUAUCCGGAAUAAUGAUUAUGUGCCAUUUAAUUCCCUAAAACAUUUAACUUAGAUGCCUUAUUGGCAGUAGGAGAAACUUAGAGGUGGUCUUAACUUUCGCAACUUUUUUCGGGUUUGCGAAGCGUUUUAUGGAAACAGUGAGCUUUUGAUUCCUGAGGUAAACGGGUGCAGCAUUAAUCCCGGAACCUCUUAACGAACCGUGGAAAAUAUGGACACGCUUGAAUGUUCAAAUGAUAUUUUAGUAGGUUUUGCUGAAUCUUUGAAAGUUUUCCCAGGGCUGCUUGCUGUAGCCGUCGUGUCCGGGGCUUUUUUGGGGUUUGUCGUCGUGUUGCUGCUUUACGGACAUUUUUUGAAGCCUGAAAUUGUAACCUCAAAGUUUCAGGGCUGUAACCCCAGAAGUCUAUUUGAGAUCAGCGAGGAGGACAAAGAUGACAGUUGCAGCAAUGGUGCAAGCACUGGAAGGAGGGCUCGUCGAGACCAAAAAAAGAUGGAGAAACCUCAGCCACCAGCCAGUAGUGAUGUCGCUGCUUUUGCUCUGAAGGCAAAGGUGGUGUACCCCAUCAACCAAAGAUACAGGCCCCUGGCUGAUGGCGCCUCCAACCCUUCCCUGCACGAGAACUCCAAGCUGAUGAUGAUGCACCACCCAGAAUCCCUGUCCUCCUCAAGUCUGGAGUCCCUGAGCCAGGACAACAACGAUGACGACAGCAGUCAGUUUGUUUCCUCAUCCCCUGUCCCCAAGACUUUCCAGAAUGAAAGAUUCGUCAGGGUCAGCCGUUUUCCAGAGACCCUCUGCUGCACCGGUUUUGAAGGCCGGAUUGGUCUCUACUGUUUGGGCUUUCAAAGCUUUCAGCAGUUCUGUUCUGAACUUCAGGAGGAGAGGCAUACGAGCUUUCUCCAGAUUCUUAGAAUUAUUUUAAAUGAAUGCUUUCAAAAGGAGAAAAUGGAUUCAGCCUUUUCCAGCAAUGUUCUUCUGAUGCAGCAUAAGGAGCUGGAAGAACUGAAGAAGGAGGCAUCUGUGAAACUGUUAAAUGCAGAAAGGAACGAAGAUGCCAGUUCAGGCUGCUCCACCCUGGAAGAGAUGGAAAGAGCUGGAAGGGACAGGCUGGAGCAUGGACUUCAGAUGGUUGUGGGCUUUAGUAAGCAGUUGGAACGGCUGUGCCAACACCUGCAGGGCAGAGUUGGUGCUCCCCCAACAGAGGGUGCUGGGCAAAUGAUGUGCAUCCUCAUCUGCAGCCUCCUAUUGGUUGAGAGGGAGCUGGCUGAAGUUCAGAACUCUCAGAUGAAGAGCAUUCAGGAGAAGCUGCUGUGGUGGGAAGAGCUUGCAGCCUGGCUGCAGUCCCGGACAGCAUUGCUGAGGCAGGAGGCAGUGUGCAGGCUGAGACUAGUAGCUAAGGCCCUGGAGCAGCUGACCAGCGAUGGGCAGCUCAGCUUCUCCCACAUGGAGGGUUUGCUGUCUGAGCUAAAGGGGAUGCUGCGAGAUGAGCUGCAGCAGUGCAAUGAGGAGUGCAUUGGCCAGUUGAAGGAGCUGGUAAGGGAGCGGGGAAGGAAGAUAGAUGCUAAGAGGAGGCGUCAGCUGAAAGCCCAGGCCAAAGAGCGGAACAGCAUCCUGGAUACAGUGGUCCAGUAUAGGGACCCCCAGGAAUUUCUCAAGGUGUACCAGGCUCUGCUGGUUAGGCAGCGGAAGGAGAUCACUGACCUGGAGGAGCAGCAAGACUGGAAACUGACAGAGGCUGUGUGUGAUCUGUGGAAGAGGCUCCACUUGUCCUGGUCUGAGAGGUUGGCAGCACGGGUAUGGGACUUGUUCCAGACAGCUGUGCCUGAGCAGGCCAGUCUGUCUAGGGAGUGCUGCCAGCACCUCCGACAGGAGACUGAGCAGGACCUGGGCGCCCAGUUACGUCAGGAGGAGUCCAUCACCCGGAAACAUCUGGAGGGAAUCCGGGAACAGUUGGAGCAGGACAGACAGACGUGGGCUAAGGAAGAGGCCUUGGUGUCAGCCAGUCUGGCUCACCUGGCUGAACAGCAACUGAAGAUCCUCAGAGGGAUGCUGGUGAGACAAAUGGAUAUGCAGGAAAGUAGUAUUGGCACUCUGGUGGAGGAAAAGCAGCAACUUCUCCUUAUGGCAGUGCAGAGGCUGUUCGCUGCACGCCAUUUUAGCUUACGGAUGUUGAAGGAGAUGAGACUAUCACGGCUGAAGCACGCCCACUGUGACAUUGGAGCUCUGGAGCUGGAGAGCUCUAGCCAGGCCCACCAAAUGCCCCGCGGUGGCCUCAAGGAGCCAUGCUCCAGUGAGGCAGAGAAACGCCUGGGUCCAGAGAGUCAGCUGAUUAGCCAAGGCUUUCAGCAGGAGUUUCUUUCGGAGUUGGACACAGGGACAGAAUUUCUUCAGGAACAUGCCCAGCUGUUGGUGGGCCAUACCUUUGCUCAGUGUGUGCGGCGGCAGCAUAGUACGACAAAGUUCCACCAACAACAUUCUGAUCACAACAAGCAGCAGGACCUGGUGGAAGCAGUUUCUGAGAGCGUCUAUGUGACUCGGGACUCCAUAAACGUCCUGAUCCAUGACUACUAUGCCGAGAUACAGAGCAUCAUCAGGACAUCGCGGCAAGACCAGCAACACAUCCUGCAGCAUGUCUCAGAGGGGAGUGACAAGCAGAUGGGCAGGAACCAGCUGAUGUGGACGCUACAGAAAGAGCUAACGAACUGGGAGAGGAAACCCAUCUCUAGCGAAUUCCAGCACAGGAUGGAAAGUCAGAAGAUGAAGAUUUUGAACCAGUAUGAUUUGGAAUUUAAGGCUGCUUACGACAAGCUGAGGAAGAAGAAAUCUGUCAUCAACUAUGUGAUGAACACUCUUGAAGGAAGACUUCAGGAAGCUGAAGAGACCUUCAUGUCACGGCUGGCUGCAGUGGCCAAAGUGCCACCGUCCAGCAUGGGGAGCAAUUGACUGCUGAGUCAAACAGAGGCUCACCCAGGUCACCUGCAUCUGAUGAAGCAGGACUUUGGCAGUCCUUCACAAUAAUGACAAAGACUGGAAAAUUGUAUGCUAAAACAAAACACCUGGUUGAAUAUGUUACAACUAAUUUGGUUAAUUGGUAACAGGUCAGUAAGAUGUUUUGGUAUAAAAAGAGCCUCCCAGAGAGGCGGAGUCUCUGCAGUGAAGUUGAGGAGAGGUUCACCACUCUCUGAAAGACUGUGUAGCCAAAUAGUGUAACAAUUUAAGAAUAAUGUUCCUCAACGUAAAAUUGCAAAGAAUUUGGGAAAUUUAUCAUCCAUGGUACAUUAUAUCAUUAAACAGUUCAGUGAAUCCUGAGAAAUCUCUGUACGCGAGGGGCAAGGCAAUAUUGGAUAGCCAUGGUCUUUGGUUCCUGAGGCAGCACUGCAUUAAAAACAGACACGAUUCUACAGUGGAAAUCACUGCAUCGGGUCAGGAACACUUUCAACAACCAUUGUCUGUGAGCACAUUUUGUCUCUGCAUCCACAAAUGCUGGAUUAAACUCUUACCAGGUAAAGAAGAAACCAUAUCUAAAAGUGAUCUAGAAGUGCCACCGACUUCUCUGGGCUCAAGCUCAUUUAAGAUGGAUAGAAGCAAAAUGGAAGACUGUCCUGUGAUCUGACGAAUCAAAAUUUCAAAUUCUUUAAAUCAUGGACACCGCAUACUUCGGGCUAAAGAGGAGAGGGAACAUCCAACGUGUUAUCGGCAGACAAUUCAACAUCCUUGAUGGUAUGGGGGUGCAUUUGUGCCCAUGGCUUGGGUAGCUUGCACAGCUAGAAAGGCACCAUUAAUGCUGAAUAAAAUAUACAGGUUUUGGAGCGAGACAUGCUGCCAUCCAGACAACAUCCUUUUCAGAGAAGACCUUGUAUAUUUCAGCAAGACAAUGCCAUACCGCAUUCUGCGCAUAUUAGAGCAAGACAGCUCCAGGCUGAAAAAUAAAUAUGUCCAACUCUUGCCUGAGAACUGUUGCGAUGUUUAUAUUUCAAACCUAAGCAUCCAUCCAUCCAUGUUCUGUAACUGCUUAUCCCAUUCAGGGUCGCGGGGGGUCCAGCAUUGGCUGUCAGAGGGGGCUGAGACGGUAGUCGCUGUCGGUAAUCCAGGCGAAGGUCGUCUGAUCGUCUAUGGCAGUAGGAGCACUAAGCAUGACCCGGAGUCUAGGAGGCGAAGCAUAGAUUGGUACACAGGAGGACAGGAACACACAGAGGGGGAAAACGCUUACACACAGGAAAAACCAUGAAGAUCUCGCAUCUGGCUCACCCAGAAAAAGGAGACUGACAAAGGGAAGACUGAACACAGAUGGGAGGGACGUGGUUCCAAAGCAGAACCACCGCUGUCAUCACUGAGCUUGAUGGACCGGGCUUCCCCGAACAGCUGGCGUGUCCUGUCAGUGGGAUCUCCUGGAGGGGUGUAGUAGUUGAGACGUUGAAGGGACAUCUCCAGAGUGGUACGCGAAAAAGAGGUCUUUGGCCACUUACUGCAUGGGGAUCUAUGGGUCAUAUUAAGCUGACGUCAAAAGUAUCAAGGCAAAGAAAGAAAAAAACAACCGGAAAGGCAACGGAAAGCUUUGCUAAAAGCCAUCAAUCAAAAUAAUUUGAAUGAUGGUACUGUCAAGAAGUAGCACCUUGUGUGUUCUGAGCAGUUCCUUACAGGCUGAGAUGGGCUGUGUUUCAGCGAAAUGUAUUUAAAAUAUGUAUUUAUUUACUUUAUGAGUAUUUCGUGAAUUAUAUUUUGCUGGGCGGCAAAAAAAUCAGAUGUAGUUUGUAACGAAAUAUACUUUGAUUGUAUUUAAUCUAUUUAAAAUAUUUAAGAAAUGUCAUUUUAAGAACCUUCAUCACCAGGGUUACAGAUUCAAUAUAGCCUAUCACCAUCUUUGGCAACAUUCCAAAGAAAGAAGCUGCUAUUGGUGAUCGGUGCAAAUUGCCUUGGCAAAAAUUAUGUAGUAAAGUAGACCUGUAUUGCUCACAGAAUGUCAGUAUAGGACAGAAAAUUAGAGCGAUUAGCAAACAGCAGUGCUGUGCUCAAGAACAUAUGAAUUAACUUGCUAGCCUGCUAGUGGCAUUCUAGUUCAUUUCAACAGACAUGCUCAGGCAGUGGCAUCUUGUGGUUUGUCAUAUAUGGAAGCCUUCAUUAGCGAUUUUGUUCCGAAUGAUAAAUUAAUUUCUAUCAGCUAAAUUUAGGUAUUAUUAAAUAAUAGGAGUGUUUAUACCCACCGAGCUUGUGUAAACAGGUGAACGGACUGGUGAACUUGAUGUUACAUAUUAUACGCUUCACAGCAGUUGGUCCCAUUUUUAUUUUUUGAGUACAUAUCUAAAAGUCUCUUUGAUUUUAUGUUCGGUACUCUAUUGUAAGACAAAGCAGGAAAUUCACGCAUCAUGAUAACUAAUUUAAGAAAGCGGUAUUGUGCUUCAUUGCUCAUGUAUUUAGACUUUAUGGUGAACUGUGGUGGAAGAUUAUUUUCUUCAAAUGUUAUGAAGAAAUGCCUCAGCCCCUUUCCCUGAACAAAAUAAAACUUUUUAUGGUCCUCA